AUGCAGGCCCUUGGUCCUGCGCAUCUUCUUGAUCCUAGAGAAGCUCAGAGGCUGAAUCUUGCUGUGCUGAAGCGUAUCGACUCGGCGACUGAGCAGGUGCUAGCUUCGGCCAAUCAUGUUGCUUUGUAUGACUUUGAUCAGGACGACAGUCGCUGGGUUCGCAAGGACGUGGAGGGAUCACUUUUUCUCAUAAAGCGCAACGUUGCACCGUUGUAUCAGAUCAUCAUCCUGAACAAGAAGAGCCAACAAAACUACGUUGAGGAUGUGCUGGGGAACUUCCAGUUCGAGAAGUCCAGACCAUACCUCUUGUACCGCAACCGCAAGGACGAGGUGGUGGGGAUCUGGUUCUAUGAGGAGGAGGAGGCUGACAAGGUGGAGGCUGUGCUGGUCCAGGUCCUGGCUUCCUACCCAGGCAGCCCCAGCGCUCCUCAGCAGGUGCGCCCCAUGGUUGUGCCACCCCUGCCUCGAGCAAAAUGCCAUUCUUAUUUGCACCAGCAGCAUGAUCCGCGCAGACUACUAGCCGGCUCCCUGCAUGCAUUUGAGCGCAGUGACAGGAGCCUUGCUCUUUAG